ACAAACAACAGACUUCUCUUCACACGCCAUUUGCAUUCUUCUCUCUCUCUCUCUCUCUCUCUCUCUCUCUCUCUCUCUCUCUCUAACCAACGAAUCUCUCUCUCUCUCUAAAACAAUGGCUCAGGAAGACGUCGCUGCUGCUGCUGCUGCUACUAACGGUGCUACUACCGUGGUGGAGAAGGUGAAGUCAGUUACCUUCACGGCGUACAAGCCUCAGCUGAUCGUGGAAGCACAGAAGGUCGGCGACGCUGUUGCUUUCUACAAGGCGGUGUUUGACGCUGUGGAGACUGGACGCUCUCUCUACCCUAAGCGUAAGGCUGACCAAGAGCUCCCUCACCUCGUCUCUUCCGAGCUCAAGCUCGCCGGAACAACCGUCGUCGUUUCUGACGUCUCCGUUAACUCUGGUUCUGAUGUGAAGACGGGGACUAUGCCUGCGAUCCUCGAGACUGAUGACGUGGAAGCUGCGGUUGCGAAGGCCGUUGCCGCUGGAGCUGUCAAGGUGGAGGAGGAGGAGGUUGGAGUCAAGGGGAAGGUGACGGAUCCGUUCGGUUUCACGUGGAUCUUUGUUUCUCCGGCGAAGGAGAGUGAUGAGAAGGAAGAUAACAAAGAGGUCUAACUGUCAACCGUCGGAUCUGAUCUCAUUCGUCGGUUUCUGAAAAAAACUUUUUUAAUAUUAUCCUAUGCUUUUUAUUUAGUUUGUCUUUUGUUGGAAUCUCCGGUAUGAGUAAACCGGAUUGAUUAGGCUAAUGACUUUUGUUUGAAUUUCACCCCUUUUGACAUAAACUUGGUGAAAGAAAUAACGAAAAAUCUCGGAUGUUUUAGUGUUUUGUUUAUUAUGCUUAGUCUUUUUAAACUAUUUUCUGUCA